AUGGCGUUGACCGGCACUGAGGGGGUAGUGAAGAUUAAGAUCCAGGCAAAACACAUCGAUGCCGCAGCAGGAGAGAUAGUUGAUGUUUUGGAGGAUACACGCAAAGGAAACGUUAUCUACUUCAAGGGCUGGAGAGGAUUGGGAGCAUCCACAGUUCUCAAUCUGGUAGCCCAACGCCUGAAAUCAUCAACAAGAUCGAGCAAGUUUGAUAAGGUUAUCCAUGUGGACUGCUCCGUGUGGAAAAACAUGAGGUCUCUGCAAAGGGCAGUAGCGGAGGAGCUAGAGCUACCGCAGUCCGUGAUGGCCAUCUUCGAUCAGUAUGACGAGGACGACGACUUCAAUGGGAAAGAUGAAGGCUCCAGAGAGGUGAUUGCAGAUAUCAGGAUGGAAAUAUUCAGAAAACUCUAUAACAGUAGAUUUCUGGUGGUUUUCCACAACGGAAGCAGCAGAUACAUCGAUUUGUAUGAGUGUGGUGUCCCAGUAAUAUCACUUUUGGGUAACAAGGUCUUGUGGACCUGGCACGGGAGGUUUCGGAUGAUUCUCAGAUUAGAAGAUGGGGAAAAGGUAAAGAUGAAGAGUCAGACAAAUGUUCGCUUAUCUGCUUCUCCUGAAUCUAAAGUUGAAGUAAGAGAUAUACUGCAUGAAGUGGCUUUGGAUAUUGGCAAGUGCACUGGGAUUGUUCAGGCCGACGAUAUGAGCCACAAGAUAGUCAUGGAGUGCCUCAUAUACAGGGACCUGCUUUCUACGGACUUGAAGACACAUGCACCAAACUAUUGGAUCUGCGAUGGUAUUAUACAGGGCCAAGACAAUUCAUCAGCAUGGGACAUUGGCAAUUCUCUUCAGAAAAACAUGAGCUUGGAUUGUAAAGCCGACUAUAAUAAGGCCGUAGCUCCGGUGCUACAGGUGUCAGAUGAUUUACUUGUUAACCGCUGGAAUUUCACCACCCACAAACAACUCCAUAUAAAGGAUAACAGUCAUGUGCUGCCUACUCAGGUGACAUCAGUCUUCCUUUCUGCAGAUGAACCACCAAGAAAUACAACAUCAAUAUUGCCAGUUGGCAUGUUCCAACAUUCACAAAGUAGCAAGCUGCGUGUGUUACAUCUGUCUCAUUGCACCUUCAGUUUUGCAUCUCCUCCCUUCGUCCAUUGUGCCCAACUAAGAUUGCUCCAUCUGGACCAUUGCACAAAUAUCAUAGAUGAUGACGAGCAUCCAAGUCAGAAUGAAGACAUGUCAUGUUUCCAGAAGCUAUGGGUGAUGGAUCUGAGGUAUACAGAAUGGUACUGGCUACUGUCGGAAAAGAUGAAGAGGUUGAUGGUUGACCUCAGGGAGCUGAAUGUGGAAGGAGUCAAGCAUGGGAGCAUACGUGAUUUGUGUGGAGGUAGACCAAGCCUUGUAGUACUUCGAGUAACAGUAGCUGAUCCGGUCCCUAUGGAGAACGAAGACACAAAUAAUCAAGCACAUUUCCCCAAUAUGUACAGUACAAACAGCCUUACGACAUCUAGCAUCAUCAACGAUGUCCUGCCUCCAUUGCUUGAGUCAUUUAGCUUCAUCAACAAAGAUGCAACUACAGCCAAGAUAUCUAGCAUCUCCUUCCGGGGUUGUUCUCAGUUAAAUAGUAUAAUUCUCAGAGGAAAUUUGGGGAGAUUGGAGGAGCUGGACCUCUCAGGCACAGCAUUGAAAACAAUUGACCUCAGAGAAGUGGAAGCUCCAUACCUGAACCGCCUCAUGCUGCUGGGCUGCAAGAAGCUCCGUGCAAUAUUAUGGCCAGCGAAUGAUAGAAUGCUAUGGUAUUUGGAGAAGUUGCACGUCAGCACCGUCCAAUCUGCAUCACCUAGCCAGAAUAAUUGAUAAGAAAAGACCAAGGAGGCUAGUGCUGCUGCAGGAUUAUCAUCUAUCCUUGCUUUUGGGGAUUCACCACAAGGCAUCAGUCGAACUGGAUCUUUUGAGUUUAUGUGGUACGUAUCUGUAGUGGAUCCACGGCUCAUGUGGUCGCUUCUGCCCGUUUGGAAAUCUAACGAUGGGAAACUUUUCUUUUACUCAUUAAGAGAUCGUUCAUUGAUGAAAAGCCUUGUAUACAUGGAGAUUGAUUCCUCGUGUCCUGCAAGUGGAGCUGCUGUUGGUGGUCAUGAAGUAGCUCAAGGCAUCGGGAGCCAGCAGCAGAAUUCUCAAUACUUAUAUGCAAGAGAUGUCUUUCAGGAGCACCCGCAAGCUAUCAGUGCAAUCGAAGGUGUGAUCAGUUGGAUGUGGGCUUGUCCACCUAUUCCUACUCCAGGUCCUCGAGCCUGGUACUUCCACAUGCAAGAUGAAGAGGGUAUGGAGAGAGGAUCGUUACAGCGACAACACAACACUGAAAGGUUUAGUACUAGUGUUGCUUUAGCCCCUGUUUUGAUGUGGGAUGAUGCACGGUUGUUGUAUGUGCAUGAUAGCUCGUCCAUCACUUGCGUUCCGUGCCCACAAGGUGCAAUGUGGAGGUGGCUUAAUUGGUGCAGAGUAGAGAGGUGCCCCAAGCUAUGCUCGGUCUUUGCCACUCCCCAACUAAGUAGUGACCAGCACUCCUUUUUAUCUCUGUCUACAUUCUGGGCAUCCCAGCUCCCUAUGACAUGCUACAUCUGGAACUGGAGUACAACAUACCAACCAGCUGGAGGAUCCUUCAAAGACCUAGUAUUAUUGCACCUGGACUAUUGCCCCAGGCUCAUACAUGUGCUUCCCUUGUUUGACUAUAUGGACACCCUGCCUAGACUGGAAACGCUCGAGAUCGUGUGCUGCGGUGAUCUGAAGGAAGUCUUCCCUUUGGACCCUAAGCGCCAAGAGAAGCAGGAAAUUAUAAGAUUUCCCAACCUAAGAAGGAUCCACCUGUACCAGCUCUCCCACCUACAGAGCAUCUGUGGGAGCAGGAUGUCCGCGCCGAACCUUGAGACCGUCAGAAUCCGGGGCUGUUGGGGCCUUCGACGCCUGCCGGCAGUCAGCGGCAGCACCACCAACCGGCCCAAGGUGGACUGCGAGAAGGACUGGUGGGACAACCUGGAGUGGGAAGGGCUGGGGGCAAAGCACGACCCUUCGCUCUAUGAGCCGAGCCACUCGCGAUACUACAAGAAGGCCCACCUGCUAAGGGUCACCGUUCUCAGGUGA